UGGGCCGUCACGGCGGGACCCAUCACCCAGCCCCCGGUCCGACACGACCCAGAUUUCGACCCACUGCAGCAACAGAACAACAACACGGCUUACGUCAUUGGGGGAGUCAUCUCGUUUACCAUGGCCAUGGCCAUUGGGGUUAAAGUGGCCUUCCAUAAACUGUCUCGACGACCGAGGAACAGAGACAUCAACAUGCCUAGAGCGCUGGUGGACAUUCUGCGUCACCAGUCCAGCCCGGUCCAGCAAGGAGAGAGGAACAACAGCACGGUCCUCACAACCGCAACCUCCAGUGAGGGCACGCAGGGGCGGACUUCGAAAAACUUCUACACUCCCGUCCUCCAGAGCAAAGACAACCGGAGUGAGUCUAUCUCGCCCACUCAUGAGAGUUACAGAACGAAUGAAAAGCUAAAAGGGCAUAAUGGAUGUAGUCACAACUUAUAUACAUUUGCAGGGGAAUGAAUAAGCAGAUAUUGAGAAAGAGGGGUUUGAAUUGUAGAAUCAACUGGGCAGAAAUGAAAUCUGAAGGCAUGAUUUAGUCGACAGAUCGACAAGCCUGAGAGUAUGAGGUAAUGUAGAACAGAGGAUGUGUCAGAAAUGAGUCAGAUUAAUUCUGCUUCAGAUGCUAUGUAACCACAUGAAACUAGAGCAGCAAGUUAAGGAGGAGGUGUUUUCCACCUUUAAAGAUAAAGCAUUCUCGACUAACAUCCAAAAUAGGAAUGCUUAACAUAUGCAUCUCGGGGGAUGCGUUUAGGAAGUAAU